UUUUUUUUUCUUUUUUUUCCUUUUCUCUUCAUCUCAUUCUUUUCCUCUUUCUACCUUUAUAUACUUAUUUAUAUCACCUUUUUUUUUUUUGUAAGAGAAACAAGAGAAUGACUUCACUUUUGAAUUAUCCUUUUGAACUAGUAGCUCCUAUGGCUGCUAUUGUAUCCAUCUUACUUUUACCUUUGGGACCCUUAUUGAUACCACGUUUUUAUCUCAUCUUCUUAUUGAUCUAUUUUACCUGUUUCUUAUAUACACAAAUAAACCAUGUAUUCAAGUUUUGGAUUACGGUUUCUAAUAUCAAGAAGACUAUUCGUAACUGGAACUUGAAUGAACGAAACAACGACAACAAUAAUAAUAAUAAUAAUAAUAUCAAUAAUGAUGGUGAAAAAGGUUCUUCUGCUGCAUCUUCUGCUCCUGCCUCUCCUUCACCUACUCCUACCCGUGAACGAUAUCCUUCUUUGGCUGAUGAAGAUGAACGUUUAGAUGAAAUGGAAGCAAGUUUGAAACUAUAUGAAGAUAGUCAUUUUAUCCAUGCCUUUAUCGUGCCGAACUAUGCGGAGCCUGAAGCUUUAUUAAGGGAUACUAUCAAACGUUUGGCAAAUCAUAGGAAUGCUCAAACCAAUUAUGUCAUCAUUCUUGCUAUGGAAGCUUCUGAAACUGGAUUUGAACCCAAAGCUGAAAGUCUUACGAAUUACUUUAAGGAUAGUUUCCUUCAUUUUAUUGUUACUGUACAUCCUUCUGAUAUCCCUGGUGAAUCUCGUGGAAAAGGUUCCAAUGUGGCCUGGGCUGCAAGAAAUGGUUGUGCUGAAAUGAUUCAACGUGGUGUUGAUCGUCGUCGUGUUAUUUUAACUGUUUCUGAUUCUGAUUCUUCUAUUCCUGAACUUUAUGUCAAAGAAGUUGAAAAAACAUUUACUCAAGCUGAAGAUCCUUACUUUUUAUUAUUUGCACCACCCAUCUUCUUCUCUCGAAAUUCUUUUGAUGUGCCUGCUGCUGUAAGAAUGACGGAUAUUACUUGGUCUGCUAUGGUUAUGUCCAAUCUUAGUAAUAGUCGUGGUAUCGCCUUCCCUUGUUCAACUUAUUCAUUGUCUAUGGUACUUGCCGAACGUGUUGGUUAUUGGGAUACUGAUGCGGAUUCUGUAGGUGAAGAUAUGCAUAUGAUGCUCAAAUGUUUCUUCAAAACUGAUGGUCUUGCUCGUUGUGCCCCGAUCUUUGUACCUAUCAACUUGACCAAUGUUCAAACCAAUGGUUAUCUUUCCAAUAUGUAUGCUCGUUUUGUUCAAGCCAAACGUCAUUACAAUGGUGUGGCCGAUGUUUCUUAUACCUUACGUAGUGCAGCUGGUGUACAACAAUGGGCAGAUGGUAACAAAAACAGUAAAUAUAUGGUAGGUUCUCUCUUACAUGACAAGAAAUCAUCCAUGUAUGCGUCACCCACCUUUUGGUUCGAUAAGUUCCUUAUCUGUGUCAAGGUCCUUGAAGCACACAUGAUCCCUGUGACGUCUGGUUGGCUCAUGUUUGCAGCCGUUCCCUUGAUGCAAUUUAUUCUCUUUCCUCCUCAUUCCAUGGUGGCUAUUGUGGAUCCUGCUGAUAAUCCUAUCCUCACCUCUGACUUUUAUGCAACUCUUUGGAAUAUUGUCAAGAUCAUCACUGUGUUUUUACCUUUUCCUUUGUUUGGUACUCUUUCUAUUUAUGAACAUUUACAUCGUAUAGUGGAUCGUGAACUUUACCGAAAAGCCAAGUCUGAAUCUCGUUCGUGGAAAAACGUCUUUGAUUAUAUCACUUUACCCAUCGCUGCUUGGAUGUUUAUGACCAUUCCAUCCACCAUCGCUUGUAUCAAACGACUUUAUAAACCUACUGAUCAAUAUAUUGUCGCCGAAAAAUUCUUUGAUGAAGACGAUUCUGCUUAGAAACAACAACAUACAGUCAACCGGAUUUAUUUGACUCAUUAAUACUCUUUCAUCCUCAUAUAUCAUACGAAUUUACUUGAUUACUUUUUUUUAUACUUAUUAUUACUAUUACUACUACUACUAUUACUACUACUACUUAGUUUAUUUCCCUAUAUUUUUUUUUUUUUGGACACUUUAUCCCUUUUAUCUUCCCCUAUUAACAAUUCCUUUUGACCUCCGUAAUUUGAACCCUUUCCAUUUUUUUUUUCCUUUCACUUGAUCAUCAUCCUCAUUUUUUUUUCCUUUUGUUUAUACACAUUCCACUAUUACAUAGCUUCUCUUUUCACUUUUCUUUAUAUUUUUGUACCCUUGUUACUUCUAUUUUUUUUUAUUUUAUUGUAGUGUAUUUCUAUCCUCAUAUGGGAUAAAUUAUUUUUUUUUUUUAUUCAUUGUACUAAAGCAAUAAAAAAAAAUCAACAAUUUUACAAAAUCGAAUGUUUUUUGAUCUAUU